ACGACUUAUUAACUAUUCUCCUAUCAUAAUGACUGUUUCAAUUUUUCAUUUAUUUACCAAAAUUUUUCUUGUUAAAUAGCGACAAUAAUGCAGUUAGUAUACUAAAUAAUAUAAAAUUUUCUUAUAACUGAAAGAAAAUUCAGGUUUUUCAAAAUUUCAGUUUUUUCAUUGAUGAGAUAUUAUCGAAUUCGUUUGUUAUGCGAAAAAUAAUAAGCGCCACUAAAGGAUACACUGUAUAGGUUCACAGUUACAUUAUGAGAUUUGCUUAUUAAUCUAUUAAUGUGAAAUUUUCUACUUCGCUGAUAGUGUAAGGCGUAGACAUACCACUAAAUGUGUUAGACAAAUGAACUUAUUUGGAGGACCUUCUGAUAAAUUUCUCAUAAUUUUAUCUUUUUAAAUCAUUGGUUAUCAUCAGUUUUAUUGUGAUAUAUAUGUGACUUUAUAUGGACAUAUCAAUAAAAUGACAAUAAGGCAGGUGGCUUCUUUUCCAAAAUACAACCAUAAACAGUAUCAAGCCAACUGUCUUCCAAUUUUUUUGGCAAACGACGAACUGAGGUUCCGAAGAAUAAGGUGCAAUGCUACAGUACUCUGUUAUUGUGCCACCAACAAUACCAAUCUUCCUGUACUUAUGACUACGCAGUUAGUAGAAAAUAAAUGUGAGGGGGGAGAAUGGACAUGUUCACCUCCUAAGGAGUGCUGCAAGCAAGGCUGCUGUUUCCUUUUUAAUCAACCUUUUGCUAAAGGAUCCGCAGGAGCUUCUCUUCAACAUGGGACAGUUUUCAACCCUCUAUUUCUGGGACAUUGGUAUUUCUGGCUUGCUGUGACAGCAACGGUAGCUGGUAUUCUCUGCGCUUGCUCACUUUGGAGGAAGCACAAUCAAGGCAGAUUCUGUUGUAAGGAUCAUAGUCGAGAUGAAAGAGCUUCUGAACAAGACUCAGUUACUUCGUGUUGCCCUCCACCUCAAUAUAGUAGAUGUAAUAGCUUCCAUCAAGCACCGCCGCCUUAUUCCGAGGUGACCUCCAAACCUGAUUUAUACCCUCUAGUUAUUAGCUAUAAUGCUGAACCAGUAACAAAGAGUAACAACAGUUCUACUGGCUAUUUGAUGGUACAGUAUUUUAGAAAUUUCAUCGUGAGGCCUGCCGGGUCACUGUCGGCAACCAGUACGAUAGACUCCCUAAGCUCCAGUUUUCUAUGCAACGCUGUUAACGAGGCGAACUCUAUUAUACCUCCUCCUUAUUCUCAUAUGGGUAGCUUAGAAGAGAUAACAACUGAACAUCUAAUACAAAAUGCACAACAACCGCUAAAUCAACGAAAUUUACCACGUUCUGCAUCUUCUACAUCUAGCAGGGAUUACUUUCAGCUACAACAGAAUUCAGAAAGUCCCAAUCCGAGUUUAUAUUCUCAAUCAAGCACUCCUUGCUUAGCACCAGUUACUCCAGCACAUCAAUUAUUGAGAACUCCAUCGCCAAAACAGCAACAGCUUCCACAGCACCAGGUUCUCUCAAUACGAAAUAAUCCUUGCUACGUCGAAAAUAGCACAACGAAUAAUACCUUGGAUACAUCUAGUUCAACAGUGCCAAAUAAUGAAUUAGGUAUUACCAGAACAGGUACAACACACAUAGUCACACAAUGCACCUACAAGAAAUUACCGAAAGGUCGAAUAGAAAACAAAAGUCAAAAUGUCUGUGAUGUUCCGGCUAUCGCUUCCACAAAAACGAAGCAGCUGCAGAGACACAAAAUAACCAAGGAAGAUUCGGAAAGUCAAGAAGAUGAUCCCAACUUUUCUGAUCUAUUGAAUCUAUCGGUGUGCUUACCGAGUAGCGUUCCGCACUUUGAAAAUCCUAUCCAGACUGUACCCGAAGAUCUUCAGUAUAGUGUUACUAACAGUAUAGGUUCAGAUAUUAGCAGUUUAGCAAAUAUGGGUUCACCAGGAUCUCCGCCGCGAGCGACUAGUCCCACUGUUGAAAUGAGAGAAUUAUUGGACAAAAUUCAACAAUUGCCCCAACAAAAAAGUCCAAUACCUCCACAGCCUCAAGCUAAUCAACAGCAGGCAAGAAACUAUUUUCAUAAAGUGAAAUCAAAAACGCUUUAUAUGCCUUUGUGCGAUGAAACUCCAACAACAUUGAAAAGUAUUUCAAACGUGUUUUCAAGAAGUUGGUUAUCAAGAUCAGCACCAUGCACACCGUGUGGUAAUUUUGUACCAAAUUUCCAGGUUAAUCAUCACAAGGGUAGCCAAAGGGGCAGCAAAUCUAAAAUUUCUGACGGCAGUCCCCUACUCAGGGAAGAAGAGUCUGAAGAUGAACCUCACCGCGACCCUAGGUCAUGAUGGGGUUUUAAUGUAGAUAUGCAUAUUUUAUAGAUCAAACGAAUUUUUUUGAGCUUUGUAUUAUUACCAAAUUGGGAUAGGAGAAUUUCUUCAGAAAAAAAGCAGAUUCACUAUAAUUUAUACUUUAAUUAUUCGAAACUUCAAUAUUCAGAACAAUUUUAUGUAUACUGGAUGCGACAAUCAUAAUGUGUUUUUCUUAAAGUUACUGUAUUUCGACGUAUACAUUUCACAUACACAGAUUGUUCUCCUUUUCCUUACCCUCCAUAAAACAGUAGUUUCAAUAAGAAUUUAUAUUUUGCGUUCAAUUACAAUAAUUUUUCAUUUAACUUUUACAAAUGAACAUAUUCUACGCCAAAAUUCAAAUAGAAUUAAAGACAAUUUGAAUGAAGUACUUACAUGUUACAUUACUUUGAAAAAAUUAACUGAGUUGGAAGAAUUAACUAAAACGCCGAACAGAAGAUUUUAAAGCAUCACAAGUACAAUUUAAUUAAUAAAGUAUGUCACGAUAUACUCUUCUGAUAUUUCUGCAAAAUCAUAUGUUAUUAAUUUUUUUUGCUCUUAAUGAAUAAGAAUUCAGUCAUUCCAUUACAUAUAUGAGUGUCCUUCUAUCAUACACGUACAAUUCAUUCUGAAAGAAAUAUUUUUUCAAAUAGGAGCGCUAAACGUAUUGAUUAAGUAUAAAUAGAUACAAUUCGCAUGUUUGAACGAGCUUUUUUAGUGCCGUAUUUUUAUCGCUUGAAGUACCAAGAAAUUGUCCCAUUUACAAAAAUGAAUCUAAAUAGCCUCUAAAAAAAAUCAGAAAAUAAA